AUGAUGUGGAUAAUCAGAUCGAUUAGGCGACCUCUGCUCCAGCUGCACCUGAACGCGGCGGCGAAUUUUUCCUCCUCGGCGGCGGCGGUGGAGGCGGAGAGGACCAUAAAAGAAGGGCCGAGGAAUAAUUGGGCCAGACAGGAAAUCAAAUCCAUCUACGAUUCUCCUGUUCUCGAUCUCCUCUUCCAUGCGGCUCAAGUUCAUAGACAUGCACAUAAUUUCAGAGAAGUGCAGCAAUGUACUCUGUUAUCUAUUAAAACAGGUGGAUGCAGUGAAGAUUGUUCCUACUGCCCUCAGUCUUCUAGAUACAAUACUGGGCUUAAAGCACAAAAGCUUAUGAGUGAAGAUGCUGUCCUUGAGGCUGCAAAAAAGGCAAAAGAGGCAGGCAGCACUCGAUUCUGUAUGGGUGCUGCAUGGAGGGACACCAUUGGAAGAAAGACCAAUUUCAACCAGAUUCUUGAAUAUGUAAAAGAAAUUAGGGGUAUGGGGAUGGAGGUCUGCUGCACAUUAGGUAUGAUAGAGAAACAGCAAGCUGUAGAGCUAAAAAAGGCUGGCCUUACAGCUUACAACCAUAAUCUUGACACAUCUAGAGAGUAUUAUCCUAACAUUAUAACCACGAGAACUUAUGAUGAACGCUUGCAGACCCUUGAGCAUGUUCGUGAAGCGGGCAUAAAUGUUUGUUCAGGAGGAAUAAUUGGGCUUGGCGAAGCAGAAGAGGAUAGAGUUGGAUUGUUACAUACACUGGCAACACUCCCUACACACCCAGAGAGUGUACCUAUUAAUGCACUUGUUGCGGUAAAAGGCACACCCCUCGAAGAUCAAAAGGUAUUCAUGUUAAGAUCAGCCAAUAUUAAACAUGUUCCACAAGAAGUAUCUCAUAUUUACUUAAUCUACUUGAGGAAAAGAGAGUAG